GUGGCCAACCACCCAGACCCAGGCCACCUGCUCCUUUUCCCCUCUACAAUCCCCACACCAGUCCCAUCGAACCCUAGUCCUCCUCCCCAUCGGCGCCGCCAAUCUCUGCUCUUUCCGCCUUCCCAAGCCAAACCGGAGACGGAAACAAAGAGAGACGCAAGAGUGUACAGAAAUUCAGAAAAUUCAGUCAAUACCGAGUACCUUUGCCGUCGCCGCGUCGUCUCCGACAACCUUUCGCUGAACCAGGGCCACCAAGAUCUUCUCCACGUCACGCUGAAUCUCCUCGACCCAAGGAAGCUUCGAAUCGAGCGCGAAAUCGCCGUCUUCUUCUUCAUCUUCUUCUCCGACUCCGGCGACAAAUCUUCGUUUCCGGCCGGCCUAGUUCUUCUCCGGCUACCUCAACCACACCAUCAUGUUUCUGAACCUCGUCGACGGCGUAUCUCCGGCGAGCUCCUGGGCUUAGAACCACCACCAUCAAGUUCCCCGCUCCGAGGCGCACCUACUGCGCCAACAACCGCACCUCAGAUCGCCUUCCCCCGCUGGCCGCAUCCCCGUCCUGCUCCAUCUACCGUGUGCGCCACCUGCCUCGCCAAGUUUUUCAGUUUCGUCAGUUUCGCGUACACCAGCACGAAGUCGCUGCCUUGUUGUUUCCAGUUGAUGCAGUACUCCACGUCAACAUGAUCUGAAGCUAUCCCAGCUUGUUCUCACAUCUGCAGAUGGUUCAAUAGAGUCGAGCACUACACCAUCUACAAGAUCAACGAAGUAGCCCCCAUCUGGCCGGAGCCAUCUCAGCAUCUGUUGCUUGUUCAUCGUAUGUUCACCCUGGCAGCACACCGUCAGUCACACAGUGGCUAGCUCCCCUGGGAUAACCAUAGAAGAUCUGUUUCCAGGAUAUCACCCCCGCCGUUAUCUCCGCAGCCUCCAGGAUUUGUGUACAGUCUCCCAGGUUUGGGUACAGACUUACUGGCUCCUCCGCCAACUCGGGAUACAGACAUAAACCCGGGUAUGGGUACAGACUCAACGACUUCUUCGCCAACUCGGGAUAUAUAUGUAGACCCGGGUAUGAUGGGUACAGACUUAAAGACUCCUCCGCCACCUCAGGAUCAAGGCGUAGAUCCAUAUUUGGAUGUGGCUCCUCCACCAACUAGUGUUCCAGACCUAAGCCCGGAAUAUAUCUCCGAGGUCGGGAUCGUUGGUAAGCUCAGCCAUAAAAACCUUGUCAAGCUCGUCGGCUGGUGCCAUGGAGGGAGGGAGCUGCUACUUGUUUAUGAAUUGAUGCCGAAUGCAAGCCUUGACAAGCAUCUCCAUAGCUCCACCAAUCAUGUGCUUCCAUGGACAGACAGGUACAAGAUCUCGCUCGGGUUGGGAUCUGCGAUACUGUACCUCCACCAAGAGUGGGAACAGUGUGUGCUGCACAGGGAUGUAAAACCCAGCAAUGUUAUGCUUGAUGCAGAAUUCAACGCCAAACUAGGGGAUUUCGGCCUCGCCAGGCUAGUUGAAAAAGGGCGAAGAUCCCUUACAACCGCUCUUGCGGGAACUAUGGGCUACAUUGACCCAGAGUGCGCCUACACUGGAAGGACCAACACGAAGUCAGACGUGUACAGCUUUGGUGUGGUACUCCUCGAGAUAGCCAGCGGCAGGAAGCCUGGAGUUGUAGAUGCGCAGGAAGAAUACGCAAUCCCCUUGGCCCAGUGGGUCUGGGAAAGGCAUGACAGCGGGUGUUUUAUGGACGCCAUAGAUGAACGUAUGAGAGGGAAGUUCGAUGAUCAAGAGGCGGAAAGAAUGCUGAUAGUUGGUCUGUCAUGUUGCCAGCUCAAUAGCAGUCUGAGACCAUCUAUUAGAGAGGCAGUCAGCGUGCUGCUGUUUGAGUCUCCACUUCCUGUCCUCCCUGUGGCAGUUCACAUGCCGAUGGUUGGCACUUCGGCUGCAACUGGUAGCAGCGGGGACAGCAUUGCCACAUCUAAGGAACUGGAUGGCCCUGAAUGCAUGUAGCCUUCGAACUGUCCAAUCACAUGACGAAUUGUAUGGACUGAGUGCGCAACUGCAGAGCCGAGCAAAUUUGCUGGAGUAUGUUCCGGUGACAAAGGUAGACAGAACGCUUCAUCAGCAAGGAACAUCAUACGUUUAGGAUAGGCAGACAUUACAAAAAGUUAAUUGUAUAUGUAAUAUGAGAGUAGUCCAGCACAUCUUUUGUGAUCGACUGUUUGUUUGAUGCCUGUCUAAAAUGCAUGCGGCUGUGGUAGCAUAGUAAUUCUUGUAAGUUAGUCUAUACUUUAACGCCAACGCAUUGGAUCACACUCUGUAUCGUGGAUGGCAAUUGAUAGCUAUGUCAGGGAUGAGUAAGAAAGGCACCUCUUUCAAUAUCA